AUGUUCACGCCAGUCGACACAACCCUAGGUGCGCUAUUACUAUUCCAGGGGUCAUCGGGCCUCUUGCUGCACAAUGGCGCUGUGUUCGGCAUCUCUUCCCUGCUGUCAGGGAUCGCCUUCAACCCCAGUCGUGACAACGUGCCGAUCAUCGCGGGACUGGUGUCGAGUGUGGUGCCAGUCUAUCUCUUCGCACCAUCCCUGAUCCCGAGUUAUCCUGCGGCACCACAUUCUUGGGCUUCUGCCGCUGCAACACUGGGGGUAGGCUUCUUGUUGGGUUGGGGAACCAAGAAUGGUCGAGGCUGCACUUCCGGACACAUGCUAUGUGGCCUUUCUCGUCUUUCGCCCCGUUCGCUGAUUGCAACGGCCGUUUUCUUCACGACUGCUUUACUCACCGCGAACUUUGUUGGUGGCGGUGCCAAUAUACCGGCUUGCGGUGCUACCCCGUGUUAUACCCCAGUCUAUCCAUCAGGACCAGAGUUGGUUUUCAUGGCUGGUGCAGUAAUCCUAGCUGCGAUCACAAACUUCGGCAUCGUUCCUCGCAAAGUCCAUCGGUCGGAGGAAUCGAGGAUUGCCUUUUCCUUCAUAGCAGGGUUGGAGUUUGGGUUGGGUCUAUUGAUCUCUGGGAUGGCUGACCCUGCCAAGGUCCUCCGAUUCUUCGCCUUUUUGACGGAACCGUCUCGGUUUGAUCCGUCGUUGGCGUUGAUCAUUUUGUUUGGAAUCGGGCCAUCUCUGUUCACUUAUAUGACCGAGAGACCGGGACAAGUGGUUGCAAAGCCUACUCUAGCAGAGAAAUGGCGACUUCCAACAGCGACGGUGGCUGAUAUUGACUGGCGCUUUGUGGCUGGUGCAGCGGCCUUUGGGCUAGCUUGGGGCUUGAAGGGCGUUUGUCCAGGUCCUGCCGUCUUGCGAACAGUCCUGCAACCAACCUGGGGACUGGCAACGAUGUCCGGAUACAUGCUGGGCAACCUUUUUUGA